AUGUCCGCACAAAAUACCCUCGCCGCCAAGUUGCGCAGCCUCCACGUCCCAGGAAAGCCAAUCCUCUUCACUAACGUCUACGAUGGCGCCUCUGCCCGGGCAAUUGCGGCUCUCCCACAGACCAAGGCCUUGGCCAGCGCCAGCUACGCCAUUGCGGUCGCGGCCGGAUUGGCCGACGAGGACUUGACUCUAGACAUCAACCUCGCGGGUGUUCGUGCUAUCGCCAUAGUUGCGAAGGAACACGGGCUCCCUCUGACCGCUGAUUUCCAAGACGGCUACGGAGAACAGCUAGAGGAGGGCAUCCAGAAGCUCUUAGAUCUGGGCGUGGUAGGGAUCAACCUAGAAGACUAUGACAAGACGGCGAAGAAGAUGAUUCCGAUUAGCGAAGCUACGGAAAGAGUCCGGAGAGUGUUAGCAGUGGCCAAGAACCACGGCGUUCCUGAUUUCGUGGUGAAUGCUCGCUCCGACACGUUGCUCCACGAGGGUCAGGUUAGCGAUGCAAUCGAGAGGGGCAAAGCAUAUCUAGCUGCAGGCGCAACCACAGCCUUUGUAUGGGGAAGUCCCUCCCGUGGAGGAAUUACCAAAAGCGAGGUGGUAGAACUGGUAAAUGGUCUGGAGGGGAGGCUUAAUGUGAUACUAAACACAGGUGCGGGUGGCUUGCCCGUCUCAGAGCUUGCGAAGAUUGGAGUCGCGAGGAUUAGCAUGGGACCAGCUUUGCAGUUUGUUGCUAUGAAGGCAUAUGCUGAUGCGGCCGAGAAGUUGUUGCUGAGCCAAUAA